ACCUCUGGGGUGGGGCAGCCGGUUACAUGGAGACCCCUCGCCCGGCGCUGAGACGCGCCCACCUCUGGGGCGGGGCGGCCGGUUACCCCCUUCGUGAGGGAGACGCAGGACCCGAGGGGUUGGGGGAGGGGGUGGGCAGCAGCUCCCCCUCCUUUGCUGGCCCUUUAAAUCCCCCCCCUCCCCCGCGCCUGCAGAGCCAUCAAUCAGGUCCAGCAGCCGCCUCAUGGCAGCGGGUGUUUGCCCGGAGCGGCGGGGGCGGGGGCCGGGCUGCCCGGGAGAGCCGGGGCCGGGGCCGGGGCCGGGCGGAGAAGAGACCCGCAGCCUCGGGCGCAUUUGCUCCCUUUGCACUGUGCCGCGCUCGGGGCUCGCAGCUCGGCCUGGCUCGCCCGUGGGGGGGUUAGCGCACGCCCCCCCCCCCACUCCUGACCUGGGAGGUGAUCGCACCGAGGGGCCCCCCCGGGUUCUGUGCCCGCUCCACCUGCUUCUGCACGGGGGGGAUCCACUUGUGUGAAGGGUCCCCCCCCUUUGCCUUUUCUGCAAGUCCUCCAAGAACCCCCCCUCCGCGUUAACUUUCCCCCCCCUUCUUGCUACAUCAAUCUCUGGCUCAGGGGCCAGCGCCAGCCGCCUCCCCGCACAGUAGCUUUUCGUGGGGGUUUCUCCACCGGGCCCGUGGCUUUGUGCCGAGAAAGCCCCUCGCUCGAGUUUUUUCCGUGCCUCGUUUGCGUGGAAAGCGAGACGCCCGUCCCGCUUCUGUGCAAAAGUGUUAAGAAUCGUGCGGUCGCCUGGCGCUGCUGUUUGCAACCGGGAGAUCCCAGGCGGCCUCCGUGUUCGGGGGCGAGGCGCCGAUCCAAACUUUUGCGGGCGAAACCAGGCCGAGAGCGGAGCGAUCUUUCGGCUGCAAAAAGCAACGUUGCUCCUUUCUCCUAUUUUUCCAAGUCCUGUUCUCCCCCCUCCCCUUCGCUGGCUUCCAGUUUUGCGCCAGAAAACCGCAUGGAAAAAAAAAAACUCGGCUGAUUUAUUUCGCUUCUCUUCAUGUGACUUCUAUUAAAAUCAAAUCCGGAGCCGAUUGCAAAAGAAGAAAUUCGUGUCCUAGUGCAAACAAGGCUGCAGCUGGCCAGCGAGGGCCUGCGCGGCUGCACCUCUGCGAAGAUUGGUUUUUUGCAGCCGUUCGAGAUUGCAAAGGGACUCUUGUUUGCACGCUGCCGUGGCUUGUGCAAAAUUGGCUCCGGCAUGGCGAGGCGACUUUGGCUGCAAACUGACCGGCCGUGAAAUCACGGCGAAGCGGGGCCAGGCUGCCCGGCGCUCGGCACAGGCUUUGGACACAUGCGGGACGCAAGAGAAGCGAGUUUGCAACGGCGCCUCCUUUCGAUGCUCCUGGGUCUCCGGCAGGCCCAAUCCAGGGGGCGAAGGCACUAAACCUCUGCCCCCCGGAAGGGAGUCCUGGUGCUGUUGCAAAAACUUGGGGGAGGCGCCCUUGAAAGACAGCAGGUUGCAAAACUGGAGAGGAAUGAACUCCUGGGAAGGAGAUGAUCCGGGCGCAGAGGUGGCGUGAAACGCUGGGCACCCCCGAAGCUCGGUACCCCGAAAGAGGUAGUUGCGAAAGGGGGGUGUGUGUGAAUUGCCCCCCCCCAAAGAGGACAGGUGUAGCGACAAACCCUAGGCACCCCCAAAGCUCUGCCCCCCGAAGCAGGCCGGAUGUGGUGGCGUUGCAAACAGGGCGGGGGGGGCAUGCCUUAACUCUCCUGUUCCCCUGAGUUGGCGCACCAUGGAGGAGGCGGCCGGUGAGGGCGACCCGCCCGUGGCCGACGUCCGUCUGUGCGGGCACCUGCGGAAGCAGAAGUCCCAGCGGCGCCGGUUUUUCGUGCUGCGGGCGCCCAGCGAGCGGGGACCGGCCCGCCUGGAGUACUACGAGAGCGAGAAGAAAUUCAGGGCUGGCGGCGCCCGCCCCAAACGCAGCUUCCCCCUGGCCAGUGCCCUGAACAUCAACAAGCGGGCGGACGCCCGGCACCGGCACCUCAUCGUGCUGUACGGCCGGGAUGGCACCUUCGGGGUGGCGGCCGAGAGCCCAGAGCAGCAGGAGGCCUGGUACUGCGCCAUGACAGAGCUGCGCGCCAAGGGCCUGUCGCAGCCGGGGAGCGGGGCGGCGUGGCCCUUCCGGGAGGUGUGGCAGGUGAGCCUGCGCCCCAAGGGGCUGGGGCAGGCCAGGAACCUGGUGGGCGUGCACCGGCUGUGCCUGGCGGAGAGCACGGUGGAGCUGGUGCAGCUCGGCGCCCCGGCCCCCUGCCUACUGCUGCAGCUGCUGAGUGUCCGGCGUUGCGGCCAUUCGGAGAACUACUUCUUCCUGGAGGUGGGGCGCUCGGCCGCCACGGGCCCCGGCGAGCUGUGGAUGCAGGUGGAGGACCUGGUGGUGGCCCGGCACAUCCACGAAACCAUCCUGGAGGCCAUGAAGCGGCUGAGUGAGGAGUGCCGGGUGCGAGGCCGCGGCCAGGCCUCCGCCCCCAUCUCGGUGCCGGCCCGGCGCCUGCCCCCUGCCCAGCUGCCGGGCUCCGGGCGCCGCCUGCCCGACGGGGACUACGCCCUGGCGUCGUCGGACGAGGGCGGAUCCUCCAGCCCCGGAGAGGGGCGCCCGACGGGCAGCCCAGAGCCGGCAGGCUCCCCGGAGGGGCGGGCGCCCAGCUGCAAGCGGCCGUCGCUGCCCCCCUUGGCGCUGGGCACAGGCGCCGGGCGGAGGAAGCCAGGGUGGUGCCCAGAGUCCGGCUACAUGGCCAUGCUGCCCGGGGCAGCCCUGCCGGGCGCGGGGCAGCCGGAUUACGUGCCCAUGAGCCCCAGCGGCGUCUCUCCGCCCCGGGGCGAAGCCGCCGGGUACAUGCUCAUGUCCCCCAGCGGGAGCUGGGCGCCCGAGUACGUGAACAUGUCCCCGCUGUGGCGCUCGGCCAGCAGCACCCCCCUGCGCCGCAGCCCCCCGCCCGGCGCCCCCGGGGAGGCCCCCUGCCCCUUCCGCUCCCUGCCGCGCACCUACAAGCACGGGGCCCAGCUGGCCGUGCCCGGGCGCCUCUCCUCCUGCUCCUCCUCCACCAGCAGUGAGAGCUUGGAGGAGCCGGUGUCCCUGAGCCCCGGGGAGUACGUCAGCAUCGAAUACCGGCCCGGCCCGGGCCAGCCGGCGAGGGCGGAGCCCGGCAGGCGGCGCUGCAGGGAGCGGGGCAUCCCCGCCUGGGAGGAGCCGGGACUCAACUACGUUGCCCUGGACCUGGCCCGGGGAGGAGGCGGCCCGGAUGGGAGCCCCCGGGCGGCCGGUGGCCCCAGCCCCCAGGCCUACGCCAGCAUCGACUUCCACCGCUCCCAGGAGCUGCAGGGACGACGGGGCGGAAGGGACGGGCCAGAGUGCUGACCCCUUUGCAGUCCGUGCAGCCUGGUGACUUCGGGGCUCCCCUGGCUCGGGACCAACGCUCCACCCCAGAGCUGGUCGCAUUGGAACGCCUGCUGCCUGAUACCUCCGCAGACGACGCGCGUCGGUUUCCUCCCGAUGGACCGUGAACCCCUUUAAGUGCCUUUGUUUUUGGGGUGCAGCUCUCGGGGGUGUGUGUGUGUGGAGAACAAGCCAAAGACAGACUCACGUUUUGGGGGGGGCUGGUGCCUUGUGCUCCGGAUGUCUUUUGGAUCUGCUGGGGGGACACAGUUUAACCUGACCAUGGGCUUGAGGUUUCAAGGUCACUCCCAGUUUUGGGGAUCCCUCUGCACCGAAGCCAAUUCUUUACUCCUCUUUUGGGGGGGGGCAUCUCCCCAGCUUCCCACCCCUUGGGAUGGAGACUUUUCAGGGGGUUAAUUCCUUAUUUGCAGGGUUCACCCCCCUCUGCAUUGGAGUCACCCCUUUGACCCCAUCAACCCUCUGGUGCCUUCAUGCCCCCCGCCUGCCUGUUUUUGGGGUACGCCCCAAAGGCUCCCCCCAUCUGCACACUGUCUUUUGUUCUCCCUGCCCCAGCAUUGGGGGGAAUAUUUUGCCCUCUCGCAUAUCCAAAAUGCACCCUGCAGAUGGGGCGUUGUGGGUGGGCCCCCGCUGCCCCCCCACACCGGUCUUAGGUUUGACACCUUUCGCGAGGAGAAUUUGGGGUUCACGCUGUGCUUCUGAAUUGCACAUGGUUGGGUUUUUUUGCACAAGCUUUAAAACGUUUCGUUUGAAACCACAUAAUUUAUAGCUCCGGCUCUGGGGCCUUAAAUCCACUUGCCCUUCGUCGGGAUCCCACCGAGCCGCUUCCUCGCUCCCGGCUUUCGCCAGCUGAGCUCGCCGGGAAGGGAGUUUUUAAAUCCCCUCUCGGAAGGUUUCGGGGCUGGGCCGGUCGUUCGCUUUGCGGGAUUUAGCGCUUGUUUGCAGAAUCGGGAGUUCGAUUUUGCGGGUCCCUCGUUUGCAAGAUUGGAGCUGCAGGAAUUGGAUGGUUUUUUGGUUAUAAUAAAGCCUUUCUAUUGCA